AUGUGUCCUAAAAGGAUUCCCUUGCAUUACUUUGAUAAUACCUACCAGCUAAGAAGCAUGGUGAUGUGCUUGACGCUAAAGUUUGACGACGUCCUUGACGCAGAUAUGCUCCACAAAUCCCUGGUCCAGUUGAUAAAAAACGACCACUGGAGAAAGAUUGGAGGUCAACUACGUCUCGGUCCACAGAGCCGUCCAGUCGUACAUGUCUUCAGCUUGAGCGAGAUUCAGAACGGAGAGCCUGUGGUAAAGUUCAGCAAAGUCCACCACGAUAUGUCUAUGGGUGAUCAUCCAGUGGCAUCGAAAAUGCACCAGGGAACGUCCCAUCCAUCUGCACAGCCCGGUGUCGAACAGUUUCGGUCACUCACAGGCCCUAAUGGUCGUCCAACAUCCUUUCAAGACUAUCUUAGCCGCUACUUGCCCCAGAUAUUCCUCCAUAUCGUGACAUUCAACGACGGAACACUCAUGUCACUAACAUGGCCUCAUACAAUGAGUGAUAUCUCUGGAUGGGGACACAUUUUCAAAGCAUGGUCUGAUGUGUUGGGUGGAAAACGCUACAACGCCAUUCCUCACCUGGCAGGUUUCGAUACCGACGUGUUGGAAUAUUUUGGCAAAACUCGUCUGGCAGAGCGUUCUCUGAUGGAGCCUACUGAGCGGAAAUUCAUUUCCAAGGUCGGUACCUUGGCACGCAGUAUUGAGCACGCGGUUCAGACACCGCAUAUGGAAUCCCGCUUGCUUUGCCUCCCGCGUGAGACCCUUGGCAUGCUCGAAGAAAGAACGACGUAUGACAUGAUUAUGAACAAGGAUGUCAGCGAGAUGGAUGUGAUAAAAGAGUAUCUGGCUAGCAUUGCUUGUGCGCAUAUGGAAUCGUCGGACCGAAACGUCUGCAUUCAUGGCUCCCUAGMCCUUCGCCGCCACUAUCCUACGCUGGCAGCCAAGCCUGGAGUUUAUAUUCAGAACGCCACGUUGCCGUACGUAGCUGUGGAUCCUAUCAAAACGCUUACCGGAGAAUCAUUCGGGAAAACCGCUAUUGCAAUCCGUCGAGCCUAUGAACUCCAGAGACCGGUCCAGCAACUCAUCGCUACUGCCAAACUGCUGCGAACUUCGAAUGCGCAUGAAAAGCUUCCUACUCUCGGAGAUCGAGAUGGUCAUCAUAUUUAUUUUGUUGAGUGGGCGGAUACCCGGUUCUAUGCAGCCAUUGAUUUUCGUCCAGCAGUAGUUCGUUCUCCAAAGGAGGCGACAACCGGAAAUGCGCCACAGAGGAAGGGGGUCGGUCGGCCCAGCUAUUUCCAUUCUGAUGUUUUGAGCAAGAGCGCCUUCCAUUACAAGGACGUUUUCAAUCUCUACGGCAGGGAUAACGAGGGGAACUACUGGGUCGGGGCUGUUUUGCACAAGAAGGCAAUGCAGAAUUUUGACAAGAAGUUUGCAGGGCCUGAGGCAGGGGAUGAAGCCGAUUGA